AUCUGACUGUGAGGGGCGUUCACAGGCAGGACGACAGUAUAAAGCAGUGUUGGAGAAACAGUAGAGACAGAGCUACAGCCAUGGAGACCAUCACACAUCAACAGCACAAUAUCCCAGCACUGCCAAAUUCCAAGUCUAGGCAGAACAUUGACCACUUCACAGAUGUGCAUGAUCUGCCUUGCAUCGAGAAGCUUGUGCGCUCAGUGGAGGAUACCCCUAAUCCCAUCAGCACCGUUAUCACUGGAAUAAUCCCAGAAUGGAUCAACGGACGCUUCUUGAGAAAUGGGCCUGGGAAGUUUGAAAUCGGAAACCAUAAGUUCAACCACUGGUUUGAUGGUAUGGCUCUCCUGCACCAGUUCAAAAUCUCCAACGGACAGGUGACUUACAAAAGCUGCUUCCUGUCCAGUGACAGUUACAAAGCCAACAAGGAGCACAACCGCAUCACAGUGUCAGAGUUUGGCACUGUCAACAUGCCAGACCCCUGUAAAAACGUAUUCCAGCGCUUCCUGUCAAGAUUUGAAUUACCAAAGACCACAGAUAAUGCCAAUGUGAGCUUUGUGACAUAUAAAGGUGAUUAUUAUGUCAGCACUGAAGCCAGUGUCAUGCACAAGGUGGACCCUGAGACACUAGAGACAACUAAAAAGGUGGACUGGAGCAAAUUCAUUGCUGUGAAUGGAGCGACUGCACACCCCCACACGGAGCGUGAUGGAACAACCUACAACAUGGGGAAUUCAUACACCUCUAAAGGCGCGACCUAUAACAUCAUCCGAGUGCCGCCGACCAAGAAAAAAGCCGAGGAAACCCUGGAGGGAGCCACAGUGCUGUGCUCUAUUCCCUCAGUGGACAAGAGCAAACCAUCCUACUACCACAGCUUUGCCAUGUCAGAGAACUAUGUGGUGUUUAUUGAGCAGCCUAUCAAGAUGGACCUGUUAAAGAUUGUCACAGGCAAGCUGAGAGGGAAAAGCAUCAGUGAUGGAAUUUUCUGGGACCCGAAACGCGACACCAUCUUUCACCUGAUUCACAAACAUACAGGAAAGUUAAGCUCCAUUGAGUACCUUGCCAAGCCGCUGUUAACUCUGCACCAGAUUAACGCAUACGAGGAGGACGGCUUCUUGAUCCUAGAUAUGUGUGCUUCAGAUGAUGGCAAGGCCAUUCAAAACUACAACAUUCAAAACCUCCGCAAGUCUGGAGAAGAUCUUGAUGAGGUGUAUAACACCAUGUGUAGAAACUUCCCACGGCGUUUUGUUCUGCCUCUCAAUGUGGACAAUGAUACCCACUACGACCAGAACUUGAACCCGCCCAACACCGCAGCCACUUCAAUAAGAAUUGCCAAGAAGAAGGUCUUCUGUACCCAUGAGGACCUCCACGGAGAGGAUCUUCAUCAAUAUGGAGGUCUUGAGUUCCCCCAGAUCCACUAUGACAAGUACAACACCCACCCCUACCGCUACUUCUAUGGCUGCGGCUUCAGACAUCUUGUAGGAGACUCACUGAUCAAGAUGGACCUCCACGGAAAACACAUGAAGGUGUGGGAACAACCUGGUUUUUAUCCCUCCGAACCAGUCUUUGUACCCUCCCCUGAUGCCACGGAGGAGGACGAUGGCGUUGUCUUGUCUGUGGUCAUCACUGCCAAUAAGGACAAGAGUACAUUCCUCCUGGUUUUAGAUGCCAAAACGUUCGAGGAACUGGGCAGGGCUGCGGUGCCCGUCAACAUCCCCUACGGUUUCCACGGGACAUUCAAUGCCACCCCAUAGAUGUAGGAGAGGAGGAAAUACAUGAUGAGUGUAUCGUUGACCUCACAUGAAUGGAUAGAAGUCAUGGCAUAAGUUAUAAACUAUAUAAAUAUUGACGUUUUGGCUGUCUCAACGUAAACAAGGUCGCUACACAAAUAUCAAUGUGCUGUAUAGUUUACUUGUUAGAAAAAGACAAAAAACAUUCCUACUCAUAAUUAAAGGUGCACUAUGAGUCCCUUCAUG